AUGAAGGCAUCACUUAUUUGUUUAGUCGAACUCAUUUCGUGUUAUUUCAAAUGUAUUAUAUAUUUUCACGGUGCAUCUUUAUCGAAAAGUACAGAAUUUCGAAAUUCAAUGCCAGAGAGAGUAAAAUCCAGCGACAUCUAUUGUCGUAUAUGUUUGGGGUCUAGUGACUUCGAAGAACUAAUCAGUCCUUGCUUUUGCGCAGGAACAAUAGGGAUUGUUCAUCAACGGUGUUUGGAGAAGUGGUUGAACUUGUCUCGAUCAAGUACCUGUGAAAUAUGCGGCUGCACAUUUGAAGUCUCGAAACGAUACCCUCACUUUUGCAAGUGGUUAUGGAUGGGAGGAAAUGGAGUUGGAACACAUCGCCGAAGAUAUUUAUGGACAGAUUUAAUUUGUUUACUAAUAAUGGUACCUUUACUGAUACUGUGCGCAUGGUUGGCUAUAUCUUCUAAUCAAGACGGAGCUAACACCAAUGCAAAAAGGUUCCCAUGGCAGUCCUUUUUUCUUGGAUUAUUAUGCAGCCUUCUGCUGUUAGUAUUUAAUAUUUGGUUAACGUUUUCUCUUAGGUAUCAUCAUCAAUCAUGGAAACUUUGGCGUAAAGAACAGACUUACAUCGUUUUAUCAGAUGCUGUUAAAAGAAAAAAAGUGAUAAACAUAGGAUUUGAUCCACAAAAUCCAGCUUCAGUUAUGCACUGUUAUAAGCAGGAACGAAAUCAGCAAGUUAAGCAGUUAAAUACAACAGAGUCAAAUGAAACUGUCACAAGACUAAACAAGACUAUAAAUGAUUCAGAACUAGAAACUAAUACAAUACGACAACAAUUCUCGAAUGCUGAAAAUUAUUCUGCACCUAUGCGGAAUAUAGAAUCAGAAGUUUGUGAUGAGUUAACUAAUCAUAGAAAGGAUGAUUCACCAAUGAUAUCUAAUAAGAUGGAAAUAUUAUCAACUAAGGAAGAAAUGAUCAACGAGGAGGAGUGCGCUGCAAAUGUUUGCCACACAGAAUCGAUAGCCUCGUGA